GCUUCUGGCAACGAGUGAUGAGUCCCUUCUCCAGUUUUCGUCAAGUGAGUGGCACAAAUAGUGCAAAACCAACAGCAAAAGAAGAGUUUGUGUCGUGGAGGAAACUAUUUUCUUUGGCGAAACCCGAAAGCAACUUGCUGUCGUUGGCAUUGUUAGCACAAAUGGUUUCUGUCGGUACUACGAUGAUAUUUCCAAUGGCUGUCGGAAAAAUCGUGGACAUCAUCCAACUGCCAAAUAGUGUAGAUCAACUAAAGUGGAUGGCUUCAGCGUUGGCUGGACUAUUUGUGGUUGGUGCCGUCGCUGUAACGGUACGAGUGGCUUUGAUGACCACAAUAGGAGAAAGAAUUGCAAGGGACUUGCGUAAACAAGUUUUUCAGUCUCUAAUGAAGCAAGAACUUGCGUUUUUCGACGGAAGACAAAGUGGAGAACUUGUCAAUCGGCUUUCGAACGACACCUCAGUAGUUUCAAAGACGCUGACUGAAAACUUGGCUCGUGGCAUCCGUUCAUCAGUAACUACAACGGGAGGAAUAGGUUUCCUGAUUUAUCUUUCUCCAACAUUGACAGUGGCGGCUCUAUCAUUCAUACCAUUUCUUACCAUCGUGGGAGGUAUAUAUGGCUCCUAUGUACGAUCUUUAUCCAGGAAACUUCAAGAUGCUCUUGCAUCAGCCACGCAAGUAGCAUCAGAACGCAUUUCAGCCAUUCGAACAGUGCGGCUUUUUGCUGGAGAGUCAAUAGAAGUUGGUCGUUAUACACAGAGAAUUGAAGAUGCUUUUCAGUUGGCUAAAAAGGUAGCCAUUGCUGAAGGUUUUUACAUGGGAGGAGGAUUCUUUAUGGGUCAGGCUUCUCUUUUAGCAGUUUUAUGGUUUGGAGGUCAUCAAGUCCUUCAAGGUGCCCUGACUGUAGGUCAAUUGGCAUCUUUUGCUAUGUAUGCUGUAAAUGUAGGUUUUGGUGUAUCGAGUUUGGCAAAUGGAUAUGGACAAUUGACACGCGCUCAAGGUGCAGGCGCUCGAAUCUUUGCAAUCUUGGACAGAAAGCCUUGUCCUUUGACCGGAAUUGAGGGCUUAGAGUUGGGAUCUUCGUAUAGUGUGAGUAGUCAUACUCCUACUUUGGAAAAUGAUCGACCUAGUCUUAUAUUUGAUCAAGUUCAUUUUUAUUAUCCAAGCAGGCCUCAACAUUCAGUAUUCAAGGGGCUUUCAUUUCAAGUUGAGCCUGGAGAGUUGUUAGCGAUUACGGGAAUCAGUGGAUGUGGGAAAUCAACUAUUUUGUCUCUUUUGUCUCGUUUGUACAUACCCCAGCAAGGUCAUAUUUAUUUGAAUGGAUAUGACAUUAAUAGUUUAGAUAUAAGCUGGCUUCGAAGGCAGAUUGGAGCCGUUCCACAAGAUGUCGUAUUGUUUGAUGGUUCCAUUGUAGAAAAUAUUGCGUAUGGAGCAGGUGAAGAAGUUUCCAUGGAUGAAAUUGUUCGAGCUGCAACGAUAGCUGGAGCUGAUUAUUUUAUUCGCCAGCUUCCCUAUGGAUAUGAAACUCAAGUAGGAGAGAGAGGAUUAUCUCUUUCUGGAGGUCAAAGACAAAGAAUAGCCUUGGCAAGAGCGAUCGUUAGGAAACCCAAAAUUUUGAUAUUGGAUGAAGCAACUUCUGCAUUGGAUGUGGAAAGUGAAGCGUCUAUCAGUGAAGCGGUCGACUUGUUGCGAAGGAAGGAAAACAUGUGUACGAUUGUGAUUGCUCACCGCUUAAGUACAUUGAGAGAUUCCAAUCACGUGAUAGUUCUUAACAAGGGAGUUGUAGCGGAAAGUGGCAAAUUCGAGGAAUUGAUUGCCAAGCCGAAAAGUUUCUUAUCCAAGCUAAUGUUAAUCAGCGAAGGCCAUGGAUUGGAGGCAGCAGAUGAUGAAAAGUUAGAGGAACCCAGUCGUGCCAAAUGAAUUGUAACUUUACAAGAAACGAAUUUCAGUUCAAGGCUACAUUAUAAAAUAUGAGUUUCUGUA